AUGGGGUUUGAACAGAUACAGUUUGGGGAUACUCUCCUUAAGGAAAAGAAAGUGAACAUAGGGCUUGAGCUCUCCAAGACUUUGGAAGGGGUUCAUGCAGGGUUCAAGGGCGUGCCCGCCUCCGGGCGGAAUCGCGGCGCCCAGAGCAGUGGAGGUCGGCGUACGGCAGAGGGCGCAGAGGAACUGCUCCGUCUGCCCGGAGCCCAGGCUCCCCGGCCCUGGAGCACCCUCCUCCCACCCGGCCGCCUCCGCGCCCCACCGCCGAAUCGCUGGCUCAGCCUCCGAGCGAGUGUGGGCACCGUCAGGAAGCACCUUCCCAGGCCACCCCGCAGCUAUCAUCUGCCCCCUUAUCCGGCCGCAGCCCAUUUUCCGGUCAACCUAGUCCCUGGUCUACUGGCAGUCCCGGACGCGCCACACCCUCCACAGGCCAUCCCUCUCCUCCCGCAGUUCCUUCCUUUCCAGCUCCUUCCCAAGUGCUCAGUCAGGGACAUCUGCUCUGCCGCGGUUGCACCUUCAGGGAGGAAUAUUUUUAACACUGUGAUGCCACAAAAGGAAACUUCUGAAGGCUGGAUGAAAAUGGCCUCUGCAUUCACAGUGCCUCAGGGCCCAGAUGCCCAGAGCCUGUGGGACAAGGAAGAAGGAGAAUCCAGGGACAAGAAAGAAAGAGUGUAUUGGAGUAGCACUCUCUCCUGGAGGUGGUGGUGACUGAAUGUGAGGCCUCUCUCAGAGGGGGCUACAUCUCCAGGGAAUCUUGGAGAGAGGAAUUCCCAAGCCAGAGGCCACGUGUGACCCGCAGAUGUUUUUGGUUUUGGUCAACAUCAUGGUAACCUCAAGAGUUUUGUAAGAAAAAAAAAAAAAAAGAAGAUUUUACAUAAAAAUUUAGAUUUCUGGCUUAUUUUAGAAAAUGGAAGAACUGAAAAGUACUGGCCGCACAUUCCUACUAAGAACUGGUUGAGUUAAGUGUUAUCGCCCUCUUUAAAAGAAACCUUUGUUCGCUGGUUUGCU